UCGGUUCGCUAACGUGUGCUCUGGUUUUGUCGACGAAUGUUUCGGGAAUACAAGCAUUAUUUCAACCGUAUUAUGAAGUUUUUUGCGGACAAAACGAACAGUAUAGGCUACCUAAAAUGGAGUUGGCUGUUAACAUUACUGAUUCAGUAAAGGAGGAGAUUGCGACACGGCUAGAAGAAACCCUGAACAGGCUUCAAACAAUAUGGACCGAUAUAGGAAUCCUAGAAGACCAGAAAAAAGAGCGAGUAAUGGUGGUCAUUCACCAUGUCAUGAAUCUACUUGAUGAGAUGGUUGCUGAAGAGGAAAGACUGCGUAACAGAUUGCUCGCCAGCGUGGAGCAGUGUGGGAAGGAGCUUCAUAAACUAUGUAAUGAAUUGCAUGAAGCUGAGUAUGAGCCAGAUUCUGGGCUAUCUCUGCUAAUGUUGGAGAAUGAGCUGAGAGUCCACACGGAUGCACUCAAUAAAAUCAAGCAUGAGCGGCUGAGGCAUGCAAAGGCUUUGCGUGAAGAAGACCAGAAGCUGUGCGCGGCACUGUGUGAGACUCCUGUCUACAUCUCGGUGACGACUGUACCUGCUAAGGAGCAGCUUGAAGCUGUGCAGGAUCACAUAAACAAGCUGACCAUCGAAAAGAACAUGCGUUUCCAAACCUACGUGGCCAACAAAGUGGCCAUCGGGGAACUCAUGCAGGAACUUGAGCAACUGCCGAAUACAUCCUUUGAGAUAGACAUCCUACGUGACGAUGAUGUGUUUGUGCUGUCGAAAGAGAAUAUGCAGGCCCUCUCUCUACUGCAAGAUGAGCUGGAGGAGAAAGUGAGGUUGAACACGGAGGUUGCCACUAAUCUAAGAGAGACUGUCACAUCGCUUUGGGAUAGGCUUCAAAUUCCACAGGAAGAGCGAGAAGGCUUCUUCAAGCAAAACACUGGAUCCAGGCCAAAGGCAAUUGAAGCUUUGAAAGAAGAGAUCGCACGUUGUGAACUCCUGAAAAGGCAGAACAUCGAGAAAUUUGUGAAGCAGAUCCGAAAUGAAUUGCACAUGUGGUGGGAGAAGUGUUACUACAGCGUGAGCCAGCGUGCAGACUUCAGUUCAUUCACCAAUGAUGAGUAUACAGAAGAGCUUCUCGAAGCACAUGAGGCAGAACUGGAGAAGGUGAAGGCGCACUAUGCCAAACACGAACUGCUCUACAUUGAUGUGCACAAGCGUAAAGAACUAUGGGACAAGUUUGUUGAAUUUGAGAAGAGAGCAAGUGAUCCAAAUAGAUUCACCAAUAGAGGAGGAGGUCUACUGCAGGAGGAGAAAGAAAGAAAGCGACUAACUAGGGAGAUUCCUCGGCUAGAAAAAGAGAUAGACAGGCUUGUCCAGAAGUGGGAGGCAGAAAAUGGUUGUAUCUUCCUCGUGGAUGGAGUGCCCUUCAUAGACUAUGUGCAUGGCCAAUGGGAGGACCACAGAUCGGCACAGGAGAAUGAAAAGCAAGAAAGGCAUAAAAAGAGGACCAGGCAGAUGGAGGAAGAGAUGGUCUAUGGAAGCAAGCCUGUCUCCACUCCUCGUAAACGAUUCCUUGGCACGCCAACAAAAACGCCUAACAACAAACUGAGAAAGCUGAAUAACAGCCAAGCUGUCUCUACACAGAGUCGGCUGGGAGUCACUGGACUGUCGGUCUUUCACUCGCCUACUGCUCGUCCGCCGCGAUCCGCAGCCAAAUCUUCAAUCAAGACUGUAAUGUCUAGAAGACGGAGGAGUAGACAGAGUAUUGGCAAAUCUCAUUCCAGGGAGUACAACUUGCGCUCCAGUAGACGGGCACUCGCAGACAAAAAUGACACACAGAUGACGAACCAAUUUAGUGCCACCACUGUCAACGACCCAAAGUGUGACCUCACAGUCCUGUCAAUAGGCAGCGCUGGCUACUUUGACUUUGCAAAAGAGCUCAAUAGAGACUCAAAGACAAAUAUGAAGAGCAGCUUUAUUCAGCCAGUUAGCCCUGGGCGAAGCAAGAAAGGCAAUGAACUCAGAGUGGCUGGAAUAUGGAAGGUCUAACACCACGAGAGUACUUGCACAUAUGUUCUAUCAUAAUAUUAUAACAAGCGUGUGCUAUGACAUUGUGUUCAGUCACUGCUCCUGCAGAUAAUCACCCUGCAUUUCACGCAUUUGGCAUGUGCCUUUUGCUAACCAGCAAUGAUGUAUUUAGCAUACGUUUUUGGAAUGCAGCUUGCAGGCUGGGUGCACGUGAACACGUGAAGGCUUCCCCAGCUGUUAGUGGAUUCACGCAAAAUUCGUACAUGUCUAGUUCUAGACCAUCAAAUGCUGGUAAUACAGGGUUAUUGUCUGUAAGUCUUGAUCUUGUGUCCACAUAUUUGAUAUUUUAAUUUGCCGCACUACUUGUACAUAUAGCUGCAGUGCGCAUGCAGUUCACCGUAUAUGCAAAUUAUGACCUAUACGUUUUCUUAAAGGUUGUAUUGUGCCUCACUAUCAGUGAAGCACGUUCCGGGUACAAUAUUGAGUUAUUGGUUUUAUAAAAUAUUUUUAAUGCAUACAAGGUAGCAAUAAUGUACCGGUUUGACACUCGCACUUCUGUGUUAUGAUGUUACAUUCAUAACAAUAGAAAUCUCCAUAGCCGCAAGGGCAUGCCAGUCCUCGAUACCAUAUUUUAAGGGAAGAGGAAUUGUAUGAAUAGGUAUGUUUUUGUAACUAGUACACUUGCAAUAUUUGUAAUGCUAACGUAAAAGAAAAGACCAUGAUAUAAGCUGACUGAAAAAUAACUGUAUGGAAUAUAUUUUAUAGCUCGUGCAGUAGGGUUGGGUAUGCCCUGUAUGCACUUGAUAUAUGGUAAACCAGUCUGCAUACGUGCAUGUUAGAGACUCCCAGCUAAUGAGGCAAUAACUAGUUUUAUUAAUAUGUCGUAUGAAGCAGUAAACAUUCUUUGUUCUACUCCAUGUUCUUCGUUUAUAAGUGCAUGUUUCUCACGCAUCUUCGCUGUACAUCAUAUUGUCAGAUUACUGAACAUUUGCUAGUAUGGUGCUUGGCACAAAUCAGCUCGUCCUGAGUCCAAUGGUACAAUAUUAUGAAUUAUUUAGAACUAUGUGUUUUGGAUGUCAUGCUAGUCGGUAAUUUUUUUUGCAGCUGCUUUAUCACCACCUCAAAACAGUUUGACUGUACGCAUUAUGGUAACGAUGUUGUUCGUUUUGACCUCAUGCACGUUAAGAUGGCAAGCAAAAUAUGCGUGUUAAAUAGAGAAAGCAAAGCUUUCGAUCCUACACAAUGUUUAAUAUCAUCUACAGCGCAUAUGAACUGUUUAUAAUUACGUAUGUGGUAAAGAAUUUCUUUGCUAUUGAUCUCAUGGUUCAUUUGCUCAUUCAUUAUUGCUGUUCCCAAGCUUGUCACUGAUCUGUCUUAAAUCCGUCGUAAUAGCGGUGGCUGGGUUUAAUGCAUGGCAUGAAGCUUGCGUGAGAACGAUGGAUGGAGUUGUCGUAGGUGAGACACCAAUAUUGAAAAGAAAUGGUUAAAUUGUUCAUUUCAUGCUUGGUCGCUCUUACAAAACAAGUCGUGACCACGUAGGUGUGGUGAUAAAGUAGCUUUUAUUUUAUCUUUUGUGCACCAGUUAUGUAAUUCUGUAACAUAUAUAUACCUAGUAGAUAUUUUGUUAAUUUGUGCUGUAAAACGUGAACAGGUUUUCUCUUCUUACAUAUGCCUCCAUAGAAAACACAAUUUCUCCUUAAUUGAAUAGCAUUUUCCUCUUUACGUGAUUACGUCUGUCUUGUGUAUGUCGUGUUGUUUUGUUGUUGUAUUUCCAACGUGACUGUUAAUCUAGCUGUUCUUAUAAAAUCUGGUAUAAUAAUUAUCAAUUUAUUUAAGCGUAUUAAUUAUUGUACAUUCUGCAGUGAAGCGUUAUCGCUAAAGCAUAUCUAAUGCCUAUUGAGCUUGGUCAAAUAUUGAACAGAAUUACGUAGCUCAAUUUGUCGACUGCUUGCUUGUUUUACGAUGAGUGUUUUUAAUAUUAUUCAUGGCCACACUGUUAGCUUGUGUGUUUCAGUAACAUUCCUUCGAUUGCAAGUAGUAUGUACCGUUGCAGAAAUUUUGUAAAUAAACGAAAUAUCCGAUCUAAAGCAUUAGAAUUCUGCUAA